AGUUGCCUUAGCAGCGCAGCUUCAUUCCUUCACAGUCGGGCUUCAGUCCGGUGCUGUGAGCGCUUCGCUGCGCUGCGCUUCACGGGGCUUCCCAUAGGCUACGACCGCACGUUAAUUAACUUCUCACGGUCCGGUUAUUGUCCCGUUAUUCCACGGUGUAAGAAUUUAAAAUUAGUGAAACUCAAACUGGAGUUUUUUUCUCCAAGUUUCACACUCCGGCUGUUGUGAAGAAAAACGCGACUGCGGCAAGUUGUUCCAGCGCGGCUCCAGUUUUAAGCAGCCCACGCAGGUGUAGGCUAAUUAAGCGGCUAAUAACCGUCCUGUCGCCGGAGAGGAUGGCUCUGCACACGGUGAAUGGCAGUGCGGCGGACGUGUCGGCGGACUGUGCGCAGCAGGGGAACCUCAGCAUGGAAGUUACCGACUAUAAUAUCAGCUGCAAUAACGGCUCUGUCCUCCCCAGACCGGCCAGAGGAGUCAACGACAUGGACUCUUUCCGCAUCCUGCUCUACUCUCUCAUCUUCCUUCUCAGCGUCUUCGGCAACCUGCUGAUCAUCGUGGUCCUGAUGCUGAACAAGCGUAUGCGGACCGUCACCAACUCCUUCCUGCUGUCGCUGGCGGUCAGCGACCUCAUGAUGGCCAUCUUCUGCAUGCCUUUCACCCUCAUCCCCAACAUCCUGAAGGACUUCAUCUUCGGAGAGGCCAUGUGCAAGACUAUGUCCUACUUUAUGGGGCUCUCUGUCAGCAUCUCCACCUUCAGCCUUGUGGCCAUUGCCAUUGAGAGAUACAGCGCCAUCUGUAACCCGCUGAAGUCCCGCGCGUGGCAGACCCGAUCCCACGCCUACCGUGUCAUCGCUGCCACCUGGGUGGUGUCACUGCUAAUCAUGGUGCCCUACCCGGUGUUCAGUGUCCUCAAGUCUUUCCCCAAGGCCAACGGUACUCUUGGCCACAUGUGUCGCCAGUACUGGCCCAGCAGGCAAGCUGAGCAGACCUGGUAUGUAUUGCUGCUGUUCACUCUGUUUUUCAUCCCGGGAGUGGUAAUGAUGGUAGCGUACGGUCUGAUCUCCAGAGAGCUCUUCCGAGGCAUUCACUUUGAGCUGGGCCAGAACAGAGAGACCACCGGCCAGAAGAACGGUGUAGGAAAGGCCGCCACAGGGUCCAACGAUGAGGACGAUGGUUGCUACAUCCAGGUGUCUAAAAAACCCUCCUCUGCUGUGGAGCUCCCCACCCUCUCUGCUUCAUCUGGCGCCACCCGGGCCAAAACUGAGCGCCCCCGCAGCAACACCUCGGAGGCCAAGCUGCAGGCUAAGAGGCGAGUCAUCCGCAUGCUGAUGGUGAUCGUGGCGCUCUUCUUCAUCUGUUGGAUGCCCCUGUUCUCCGCCAACACCUGGAAGGCCUUUGACCUGGGGUCAGCCUCCAAAGCCCUCACAGGAGCGCCCAUCUCCUUCAUCCACCUGCUGUCCUACACCUCGGCCUGCGUUAACCCCAUCAUUUACUGCUUCAUGAACACCCGUUUCCGCAAGGCCCUGCUGUCCACCUUCGCCUGCUGCUGCCGCAACCGGCUCUGCCGCUGGUGGUGCAGGAAGAAGGAGGGAGGAGAAGACGGCGUCACCGCCACCUCCAUGGCCACCUCCAUGGCCACCUCCAUGUCCAAGUUUAGCUACACCACCGUCAGCACCACGGGCACCUGUUGAGCCUGCAGGAGAGAGCUUGAUGUUUCGCAUCUGCGGCUGUCGGGGCAGUGGCUACUGUGUGCACCAUCUGUUUUUGUCUGUAUCUUCUGUUUUUCACUCUUCAUCUUAAUAUGCUAUGAGUCACACAGUGAGUAAUAUCCCCACCCUCGUUUAUUAGGCCUUUUUAAAAGGUCUCCUUCAAAUUCUGUGUGCAUGGUUGCAGAAUGUGAUGCGGGGAAAAAGCUGUUUCAGUUUGGCGACAUUUUUCUUGUGUUUAAUUGGCAGCAUCUGCUUUGUUGCAUCCUGAAGAGAACAUCAAGUGCCUGUGCUCUUUGUGUGGCUUUAUUUCUCAUGGUAGUUUGUUCACUAGCUGGCAGACAUUUUAGUGAAAAACUGUGUUGAAAAUCCUGUGUACCUGUAAAUACUGUCUUAACGUUCUUACUGUGCCAAAGGAACACUUUUGACAGAGACACACUGUUGAACAACGAGGACUAUUACCUCAGUAAUUAAUCAGUAUGGAUUUUCUUUUGUGUUUAAUGUGGUUUCAUCUUCAUUCAUUAAGGGCAUCUAUCUCUCGCAUUCUCUGUGUUAUCGGAAUUAUUCUACUGAAGGCUACACAGGGCAACUUUGAAUAUCACUGGGUCCCUAAUUCUAAAAUAUUUAAACAGCAAGAAAUCCUUCUAUUUACACGAAGAGAUAAAGGUAACAGUUAGUCCAGCUUUUUCUGGACAAGCUUUUUGUCAGCUCUGACUUAGUGUUUCACUCUUAUUGAGUUAUGUUUCAUCACUUCUUGUAUGUACAGCAUUCUUUCUGCUAAUAUCCAAACUUCGUCUGAUUCUUAUUAAUAACAGGAUGGGUUGGCUGUUUUGCAGCACUGCUCUGUGAUUCAGGCUGAAAAGGCAGGUGCAUCUUGAUGAUAAACAUCUGAAGACUGUAAUUUCGACAUAAUUUCUUGGCAUGCAUAAAUAUGAAAGCCUGGUGUUUAGAAUAAGGCAAUUUUUUCGUGUUGAUCCACCCUGCAGCAUAACAAACUGGAAUCAAACAGACUUGGUCAUGGAACUUAAAUCUCCUGUUGCUAGUGCUACAAAUGUAUGUUGAAUACUCAUGCAGACAUUAACAUCAGGAUGUGACUCAUUACAGAAAGUUCAGGUAGUCCACCCAUGAAAGGCUGAUUGCACCUGCUAGUUGCUCCAGUCUGACUCAGCUACAAAUUGCAUGGAAAAGUCAGUCUAACUCACCUUUUCUGCACAAUUAUCUCUGCAGUAUCUUUUAUGUACUCUCUCUGCCUUUUGCUGCAGAUCUGCCAAUUACUCUGAGCAUUACCUAAGUACAAAGACCCCGUUUCUAGGCUUAGACUAACAAGGUGAUUCUCAGGUGCCCUCUCCUCUCCUGCAGUGCAAAUCUCAUGGCUUUGUAAAACUGACGACAAAUGGCUCUGCUGACGCGCCACAUCUGAGCCCUUCAAUAUAUUAUUAAUAAUAAUAAUAAUAAUAACAACAACAAGAAGCUGGAUUUAAAUAGCAUCUUUCAUUCAAAGAAUGGAGCUCAAUGUGUGCUACAAUAAGGAGAAAAUUGUUUGGCAAAAACAAAUACAAAGUAAUGUCAACAGAAGUUAUAGAAAUUAGAAUAAAAGCAUAAUAGCAAAUGAAAGACAACACUUUACGAGAAUAGUUAGACAUUUAGGGAUAUAAGCUUACUUGUUUUCUUGCUAAGAGUUAGAUGAGAAGAUUGAUACCAGUCUCUCCACUCAAUAUAAAGCUACUCUGUAUGCUUUUGUAAUUAACUGCUGUUAUCCUGCAAAAAGGACUCAGGAAAAUAGUCAAAAUUGUGUAAUAAGUCUUUGUAUAAUGAGAUGCAAUUAGCACAGUUUUUACAAGUGUACUUUGAGACUACAAAGCUUU